AAAUUAGUAAUUGUAACUAAAACUAAACUUGACGAAAGAUACACCAACUGUGAAACUUUUCAUAUCUCACUUGUACUAGAUCAGAAUUUAGUAUUUCAGUUUGUCAGCCUUAGGACAAGGAGAAGGACAAUGGGAUCCACAGGCUCCAGACGCAGGCUGCGUACAGUGGCUCCAUGUAAUAGCCUGCAACAAGAGGGGGCAAAACCUAAACCACAGUGGACACUCCCUGCUCUGCAGGUCGCUGUGGAGAAGCAGUCAGGAUCUCAGAGGAAGACAACCUUACCUCCACUGAAACAGGAAAUAACUCUCUCCACACUCUCAGAACCAAGUUUUGCAGGAAACAUCCUACCAAAGCACAGCAACAAUUCAAGCAUCAUUCACUCCCAUCCACCCCGAAGACCCCAGGCACUGCAACCACUGGCCCUUCAAAUUGGCCACACAAGCACUGCCAAUCAAAUUGCCAUGGGCAGGGACUGCAGAGAUGGGGGUGCCCACCGGUUUUCUACAACCGGCCAGACAGGACACUCCGGCACCAGCAGAAUGAUUCAGGGAGGGUUCCUGGAGGCCCAGACAGCUCUCACUCAACAGGCUCUUCGCCAUCGGCGAGCUCACCUCCGACAUGCCAGAGAGCAGAGAAGACAUAAGGUUGUCUACACAGUUAAUGGUCCAAAUAGAGAAGGGAUCCAGAGACUGAAACUUGUGAGAAGGCCCACAGAGAGGGACAUCUUCUGGGAUGAGACUACAGGAGAAAGUCUGGACCCCAGCUGCCUUCUGGACACCAUGUCUCUGCCUCACCUCAGUGAAGAGAGACAACAUAAGCAGCCAAAGAAACAGCUCCUGGACACAGGAGAGGACAGGAUCCAGAGAGAUUGA